UUGUGUCAAGGGUUCAAACGGAAGCUCUAGAAAAGUCCCGCGGCCGGAGGGGCGUGGUUUGAGGCUCCGCCCACCGCGCUCCAGUCACACCAGAACGGAGUCAAACCCCGGGAGAACAUACCAGAAACUCCGGUCAGACACACAGAGAGCCGCCGAAGCCAUGCAUCCAGCAACUGCUAAGUGGUACGACAGACGGGACUUCGUCUUCAUUGAGUUUUUGGUGGAGGACAGCAAGGAUGUGAACGUAAAUUUUGACAAGUCCAAAUUUGGUUUCAGCUGCCUCAGUGGGGCGGAUAACCUGAAGUACUCAAAUGAAAUUGACCUUUUUGAAUCCAUCGAUCAAGAUGGGUCCAAACACAGACGUACAGACCGGUCGAUCUUGUGCUGUUUACGGAAAGUGGAGGCGGGGAAAUCCUGGCCCAGGUUAACAAAAGACAAAGCAAAGCUGAACUGGCUUAGUGUUGACUUCAAUAACUGGAAAGACUGGGAGGAUGAUUCAGAUGAAGAUUUGUCCAACUACGACCGCUUUUCAGAGAUGAUGGGCAACAUGGGAGGAGAAGAUGAUUUACCUGACCUAGAUGGAGCAGAUGAUGAAUCAGCUGAUAGUGAUGAUGAAAAAAUGCCAGAUCUCGAGUAAGCGACGGGCUCGUUGUGGACAGACAGAGGAGGAGAGGGGGCUGACAUAAUGAAACAAGGAAGCUGUCACCUAAACGCUACUUGAUCUGAAAGAGCAACGCUGGAUUCAGUGAGACCGUUGAGUUCGUAAGCAUCACCUCUGUCUCAGUGGCUGCACUCCAGAAGAUCGUCAUAAACCUCUGUUGGGAGUUAUAUGCAUAUUGUUGUACAGAGCUUUGUCGUCCCUCUCCUUAUGACCAGUCCUGGCUUUUUUUUGUUUUUGUUUUGUUUUAAUCUGUACUAAAAUCCUGUAUACUUAAACUGUUUGGGAAAAACUGCACUGUAUUCGUAAUUUUUUUCAACCGAAAAAGCAAUAGAUGUGAUGGAAAGUUUCUUUUUUUUUUUAUUGUAAGGCAUUGAAAUUAAAACGAAAAGUGAAACUUUGCGGAGGUGGAGAGAGUUUGUGUCUUGCUAAUCUUGUGAUCAAAGCAUAAGAAUAAUUCUGGAUCUUGGGAAGUGUGAGCUGCUCCAGUUAUUAGACAUAAGAUUGACUGCCCUAACAUACAGUACUUUUGUUCAUGUUUCUUUAGGUGGUACCACAUUUGUUGGAUGUUGAUAUUUGACUCUCUCCCAAAUGAUCGAUUUUCCCCGAAGUCUAUAUCGGCACUGUAUUUGGUAUUGGACCAUUCAUGUAUUUCAUAUUGUGACUGCAGUAUGAUAUUUGAUGUCUUCAAAUGUAAAAGAUGUUUCCAGUCAAAUCUAAAACGAAGAGACCAAAUAAGUUUGCACUAAUCGAAAUUAGGUGCUAGACAGGGCUAUGUUUGUGCAUAUUGCUGGUUGACUCCUAUCAAUGUUUUCAAAAGAAAAAAAGCUUUCGAUUUUGUCUAUACAUUUCUAAUAAACUACUCUAUGCUUA